AUGACCACUCUUAGAAAAUCAUUAAAAAAUAAAAUUUUGAAUUGUUUUUACAGCGCUCAUGUGAGAAAAAUAACCAGUACUCGACCGGUUUUUAAUUCGAUUGCACCAAAUGCAGAAGAUUUAUGUAAAACUUCACCGAAAAUUGUACAAAUUGCUGAUAGUAUAGCGCAAUUGAAUUUAAUCGAAGUGGCCGAACUUACUGAUCUAUUAAAAAAAAAGCUAAAUUUACCUGAUGCACCUGUAAUGGCUUUCGGUGCAGCAGCAGCUGCUGCUCCAGCUGCCAAAGUUGAAGAAGAGGUUACAACACAGACCAAUUUCACAGUCAAAUUGCUUAAAUUCGAUGAAAAACAAAAAGUAGCUUUAAUAAAAGAAAUAAAAUCGUUAAUAGAAGGAAUGAAUCUUGUUCAAGCUAAAAAAUUUGUCGAAAGUGCACCGAUUGUAGUCAGAGAAAAUAUUGGAAAAACAGAGGCAGAAGAUUUAAAGAAUGCAUUAUUAAAAGUUGGAGCAGAAGUUGAGAUAGUAUAA